AUGGGGGUGGGUGUUCUCCAUCCCCUCUCCUGCCCUCUGUCGCCUCUACCGCUGCGGCUGACCUCGUUGGUCUUGAGUCGGUCGGUGCGGCGUCUGCCCCUAGCGGGAGACGCCGCUCUGGCAAGGGCAAGGGGGGCAAGGGAGCGGGUGGGACCAGUGGGGGCGGUGGGGGUGGAGGUGGAGGCGGCGGAGGGAGUGGGGGUGGCGGUGGAGGUGGUAGCAGGGGUGGGGGUGCUAGUGGCGGCAGUGGAGGCGGGGGUGGUGGCGGCGGUGGCGGUGGUAGCGGAGGUGGCGGAGGUGGCGGCGGUGGAGGCGGAGGCGGGGGCGGUGGAGGCGGAGGCGGGGGUGGCGGUGGUGGAGGUGGUCGGAGUGGAGCUUCGCAGCGGAGCAGCACAAGGGGAGCGCGGUGGGGGUUUUGGUCCCUGCACCUACGUUCUCCGCACUGGCGACCGCGCAGGAGAGGAGUGUGGGGGCACCCACACCGCCCAGCGCUGCUUUGGCCGCUUGACGGACGCUUGGCGCCAGCAGUUCCCGGAGGCCGCGGAGAUCCCCCGCUGGGGAGAGCUGUCUAGGGCUGGUGUAGCUAUCUUUGAUCUUGAUUUUGAUGCUAUCCUUGCUGCCAUGUAUGCUGUGACCAUUGGUGAUGAGGGUGACUGUUACCGGUGUUUCCCGCCCAACCCGGGCAUUGGUACUGCUGCUCCUGGUGCCGGUGAGGCUUCUGCUCUAGGUGCCAGUGCGUCUGUGCUCUCAGGUGCUGGUGAGGCUGCUCUCUCAGGUACUAGUGCGUCUGCGCUCUCAGUUACUGCGUCGGCUUUGGCCUCCCACACCUUCACUCUUGACUCUGGAGCAUCUCGCUCUUUCUUUCGGGACCGCACCACACUCACGCCGCUUAGUUGGCCGGUUGCGGUUUCCCUGGCUGACCCCUCUGGGGGUCCUGUCCUGUCUCGCUUCUCCACAGUCCUCCCGUGUCCGGCGGCUCCCUCUGGCACCCUGUCUGGUCUCUACCUCCCCUCGUUCUCUACGAACUUGGUGAGUGGUGCUGACCUACAGGAUGCGGGAGUCCACCAGUUCACCCCUGCUCGUAAGCGAGUGACGCACUCGCAGAGGCUAGCACGGGUCGUCACCUGGCAACUCGCUUCGUCUGGUCAGGUGUUUGCUGCAGCGUCCAAGUCUGGUCCUGAGUCUGCCCCCUGUUCGUGUCGCCGUAUGUCUCACGAGACCCUCCUCUGGCACCACCGCCUUGGCCACCCCUCUCUGCUUCGGCUCAGAGGCAUGGCCUCCCGUCUUCUUGUGUCUGGUCUCCCCCGGUCCCUCCCUCCCCUUCCUCAGGGCCCUGGCCCUGCGUAUGUCCCCUGUGUUGAGGGGCGCCAGCAUGCUGCCCCUCACUCCUCCCAGUUUCCUCUGACAGAGGCUCCGUUGCAGACGCUUCACAUGGACGUGUGGGGCCCUGCCCGCGUCCGUGGACUCGGUCACGAGCGCUACUUCCGGUUGGUGGUUGACGACUACUCGCGUUACACCACAGUCUUCCCCUUGCGCAGCAAGGGUGAUGUCACUGAGGUGCUGAUCGACUGGAUCCGCGCAGCUCGUCUCCAGCUCAGGCAGAGCUUUGGCUCGGACUUUCCUGUGUUGCGUCUGCACUCGGACAGAGGCGGAGAGUUCUCCUCUGGCCUUCUGCGUGCUUACUGUCGUGCGCGAGGCAUCCGCCAGACCUUCACGCUUCCGGACUCCCCGCAGCAAAAUGGGAUUGCAGAGCGCCGCAUUGGCAUGGUCAUGGACAUCGCUCGUACGUCUAUGAUGCAUGCGGCUGCCCCCCAUUUUCUGUGGCCGUUUGCGGUCAGGUACGCGGCGCAUCAGAUCAACCUCCACCCCAGGGUCUCCAGGCCGGAGACCUCCCCAGCCUUGCUGUGGACGGGGAAGGUUGGCGAUGCGUCGGCGUUCCGGGUCUGGGGAUCUCGGGCGUUUGUCCACGACUUGUCUGCGGACAAGCUGUCCCCUCGCGCUGCUCCCUACGUCUUCCUGGGGUUCCCCCCAGACGCCCCUGGGUGGCAGUUCUACCACCCCACCUCUCGACGUGUUCUGUCCUCCCAGGACGUCACGUUCGACGAGUCGGUACCCUACUACCGCCUCUUCCCCUACCGCACUCCGUCCCUCCCCCCGCCCCCGCUCUUCUUGGUACCAGGUCCCCCCCCGGUAGACCCCCUCCCCCCUAAGGGUCCUGCCCCUUCAGGUGUGUCCCAGGUAGACGCGGUCGAGCCUGUCGAGGUCACUGGUGACUCUGGUGCUGCUGCGGGAGCUGAGCCUGGGGGUGCUGAGCCUAGAGGUGCUACGCUUGGGGGUGGUGAGCCUGGGGGUGCGGAGUCUGGAGGUGCUGAGCCUGGGGGUGCUGAGUUUGGGGGUGCUGAGCCUGGGGGUACUGAGUCUGGGGGUGCUGAGCCUGGGGGUGCUGGGCCUGGGGGUGCUGAGCCUGGGGGUGCUGCGACUGGGGGUGCUCCGCCUGGAGGUUCUUCGGCUGCAGAGGGUGCUGCUGCCGAGCGUCCCGGAGGUGCUCAUACUGUGGGUGAUGGAGCUGCUGGGUCUGAGGGUUCUCCUGGAGCUGGUGCUACUGAGGGAGUUGGCGCUGAGAGUACCGCUGGCGGUCCGGCUGGCAGUGCUCCUGGGGGUGCUGCUGGAGGUUUUGGAGCUACUGGAGGUGCUGCUGGAGGUGCUGCUGGAGCGGGUACUUCUGCUGGGGGUAAUGGUGCUGUCCCUGCUGUUUCUGGCGUCGCCACGCGGCCCCGACCGUACUUCGUUCCGCUCCUGCAGCAGGUUCUUGGUCUUACACCUUCUCCUGGUCCUCCUCCUCCUCCCUUAGAGGGUCCACAGCCUGUCUUGUCACAGUCAGAGCUACAGCCUGCCUCCCCUUUGCCUGCUCCUUCUCCCUACGCUGGUCCGACUGGAGGUCUUACUGAGCGUCGUGAGCCUGCGUCUCGUCCUGCGUUGCCUGUUUGUCCUGCGCGCACUAGUGGACGCGGUUCGCGUCAGCGUCCUCCUUCUGUCCCUGGCACGCACCGGAUGUCUCUGCGUCCGUCCACUGCUCCUCUGCGUGCCCCUUUGCCUUCUCAACCUACUUCCUCUCUUCCUGCUCUUGCCGACCCGGAGUCGGACUCUCUUCGUGCUGCCAGUCCUACUGUCACGCGUCUCCUUGCUACUGCUGCCAGUGACCCUUCUUUCGAGUCUUCUGCUGCGUCUACCCUUGUCACUGAGCUCGUCGACUUUGCUGCGCGCUGUCGUCUAGACUACGCUGCUAGUCUUGUCGCUGAGUCUGAGUCUGCCUGUCCUCCGUCCGUCGGGGGUGCGUGUGCCCUUGGCACGGACGUCCUUGAGGACACGCAGGAGGAGUUCCAGUGUCUGGCCGCCACUUCACCUCAUCUCGCGUCUGUACUGCUAGUCCCUGAGGGAGACCCGGAUGCACUUGACAUCCCGACUCCGCGCUCUUACGCGGAGGCGAUAGAGGGUCCCUACUCCUCUCGGUGGCAGGCAGCUAUGGAUGCAGAGAUGGCUUCCUCGAAGUCCAUAGGCACCUACGUUGACGCGGUUCCCCCUCCUUGGGCGAACAUAGUCAGUGGCAUGUGGAUCUUCAGGGUGAAGCGGCCACGGGGUUCUCCGCCUGUCUUCAAGGCACGUUACGUGGCUCGUGGCUUCAGUCAGCGGCAGGGGGUUGACUACUUUCAGACCUUCUCCUCCACCCCGAAGAUGACCACUCUUCGGGUACUGCUGCACGUUGCUGCUCACCGUGACUACGAGCUGCACUCUCUCGACUUCAGCACAGCUUUCUUGCAGGGCAGCCUGCACGAGGAGAUCUGGCUGCGUCGCCCACCUGGCUUCACUGGGUCUUUCCCUCCUGGUACCCAGUGGAGUCUCCGGCGUCCAGUCUACGGUCUCCGCCAGGCGCCACGUGAGUGGCACGACACACUGAGGACUACGCUGGCGGCACUUGGGUUUGCUCCUUUUACUGCCGACCCGUCGCUGUUUCUGCGCAGCGACACCUCUCUGCCGCCGUUCUACAUCCUCCUUUACGUCGACGACUUGGUCUUUGCCACAGCUGACACUGCAGGACUCGCCUACGUGAAGUCCGAGCUGCAGAAGAGACACACGUUCACUGACCUGGGUGAACUGCGCAGCUACCUUGGCUUGCAGAUCACCCGGGACAGAGCACGCCGCACCAUUACCCUGACUCAGUCACACAUGGUGCAGCAGGUCCUUCAGCGCUUCGGCUUCACGUACUCCUCGCCUCAGGCCACUCCUCUGCCUACUCGCCACUCGCUCUCAGCUCUGCCUUCGGAUGAGCCCGUAGAGUGGAGUGGCUCGUAUGCAGAGCUUGUUGGCUGCCUCAUGUACCUGAUGACCUGCACACGACCUGACCUUGCAUACCCUCUUAGCAUUCUCGCACGCUAUGUUGCUCCUGGGAGACACCGACCAGAGCACAUGGCAGCAGCGAAGAGGGUGUUGCAGUACGUCGGGCAUGGGGCUAGUGCUUGGAGGGCGGAGACCAGUGGUCCUCAGUGGGCACGCAGACUCUUCUUGGGCUGA